CCCUCUUGCCCCCAUAUAAAAUGUUCUUGUUGCGCCACUGGAAUCCUUUAUAUAAGAAUGUCUCAAUCGGAAACUUCAAGAAAUGUUGCUCGAUUUGAUUAAAUUCAAAGCUGAAGAACAAUAUCAAAUGUUUCAAAUAAUAAAGAAAUAGCCCUAAAAAAUGCUGUAAAUACAGUUUUAACAGAAUCAUUUGAAUUCAGAUUUUCUUUUUAUGAUUUUUAAAUGGGAAUGCGAUUACUUAAUUGAGUUUUUAGUGCAUGUAAUGUUUUCUAAUUUAGUUUGAAAUGAUCUCAGACAGCAGCUGAGAUCCCACCCCACUCUCACUGUGAGCUUGUGUAAUCGCAGCUGGCUGGGCUCUCCUCAAAGCGGGAGGGAGCAUGUGGAGCUUUACCAGACUCUGCCUCAAAAUGCCGGGAUCCACGGCCACGUUCCCCGCGUGUUCAAAGGUCGUGACUGAGGACAGUGAGGAAACACUUUCUAGGUUUCUUUGGAUUACACCUGAGGAUGUUCUGAUCUCACUUUUGGAGGGAGAAUACGCGUUGGAUGCGUGAAAUUCGGUCUCUGCCUGUGCGUAAAAGGGAGUCAGUGACGCGCAGCGCCAAUUUCACCAGAGGCAGGGGGACGAAGUUUUUCCACUGAUGAGCUCCUUUUGGAGAGGGGCUCUCACAGUGGAGGGAUCCUCCAGGUGGACUGCCCGAAGACCCCCCACGAAUCCUCCAAGAGUUUGCGUCCGCGGUUAGACCUCUUGCGCAUCCGUGACGCGGCGAGUGCGACCCGAUUCCAUGGACCGAGCGAUGUUUUUAUGCAACGCCAGUGCCAUAAAGGACUGGAGCUACUUCCUGUCGCAGAUUCUGCCCCUGAUGAACAAGAGCACGGCUUUGGUGAGCAUGGAGAAAGCGGAGAGCGUGACCACCACGGUGGUGACGUCUCUGCAGCCGGACGGUGCCAUGAGCGCCAGCAACGCGCCCCUCAACUCCAACCACACGUCAGGCAUGGAGCACAUCUUCCAGUACUCUUACUCUGAGAGCGACCUGCUCUUCACGGACUACCGGACGCCCGCGCGGGACUCCAUGCCGCUGCCCAAAGCGCUGCUGUACCUGCUCAUGGCGGCGCUGAUGGUGGUGGCGGUGGCGUACGCCAUCGUGGGACAUCUCCUCAAAGAUGUGGUCAAUGACUUUGUGGGUGGAGGCAGGUCGGCGGUUGCUGAGGGUGACGGUGAUGAAACCAGUGGGCCAGACUGGGUACUUGGUUCCCAUCAAGCUGCUCACCCCAAAGAGUCUGCCAUCAGCUGCAUUACCACCAACAUCAAUGAGGGAUCGGACCGGGCCGAGAGGCUGCGGCCGGUGGAAAUGAGCUACAUCUCCCUGAAUCACACCAACACCCAAACAUCCGGACGACCGGAGGAGAUCGUGGUCACGAUAGACGAGACGCUCGAGCAGCGCCCCCCAGACACUCACUCUGGAACGUAAUGAAACAUGCAGAUAUUCCAGAGAAAAUCA